CGACGCAGUGUAUGUUUUCUACAUUUUAGGUUAUCAAAAUAUUAUCUUAUACCACAAUAUAGCAGUGAUCCUCUUUUGUAAGCAAAACAAUAACUAUAGUAAGCACUUAUCUCUCACACACCACCAAGUAAAUUUCUUAUCAGUAAAUUCAUGCUUAUUAUCAUUUUGCUCUCUGGAGAAGUGGUUUUAUAUCGGACUUUAAUUUUUGUACUCUGAGAAGACUAUAAAAACGCAAUGUCAAAAAUUGUUGUAUUGGGUUCUUGCAGCGUAGAUUUUACAACGUAUGCACCAAGACUACCGAAGCCCGGAGAAACUCUUCAUGGUACAAAAUUUACAACUAGCUUUGGUGGAAAAGGUGCUAAUCAAUGCGUAGCAGCCGCCAAACUAGGCGGGCAUGUCUAUAUGAUAUGCAAAGUAGGAGACGACCAAUGGGGAGAAAAUUAUAGAAAUCACUUUAAAGACCUAGGUAUUGACGUGACUCAUGUCCAGAUAACACAAAAUGUCUCUACUGGAAUAGCCCAAAUAUGCGUGUCAGAGAGUGGAGAAAAUCAAAUAGUUAUAGUGCCCGGAUCGAAUGGACGUUUAGGAAAAGUUGACGUGCGAAGUGCUUCGAAAAUUAUAGAGAGUGCCGAAAUACUUAUUUGUCAGUUAGAAACACCGUACGAGACAACAUUAGAAGCAUUCAAAUUAAGUAAAGGAUUAAAAUUAUUAAAUGCUGCCCCAGCUCGGAAAGAUAUACACGAGUUACUUCAAUAUUGUUCUAUUCUAUGUGUGAAUGAACCAGAAGCUUCGUUACUAACUGACCUGAAUGUCGAUAUUUCGAAUGCUGCUGAUGCGUUAAAAAAGUUAUUAGAUAAAGGUUGUGAGAUUGUAAUUAUUACAAUGGGAGAUAAAGGAGCUGUUUAUUCAUCAAAAAAAGAUCCAAACCCAGUUCAUGUCUUUUGUGAACCCGUCAUUCCUGUCGAUACCACAGGAGCUGGUGAUGCUUUUGUUGGUGCACUUGCAACAUUUUUAGUCAAGUACCAAGAUCUGCCUUUGCAUCAGAUAGUCGGAGCUGCAUGCGAUGUGGCGACCAUAUCGGUCACUAAAGAAGGAACGCAAACAAGUUACCCAACAAAUUAUAAUCCAUUCAACAAACAAUACAAAUAUGUGAUGCUAUGAGCACAUUUUUAAAUAAAACAUCAUGACAUCUUA